UAUAGGUUACGAAAAGGAGCCCGAGAAGAAGAAAAACGUACAAACAUCGUCGAACGUUGAGCCGGAGGAGAAGAAAACCGAAAGCGAGCUCAAAAAACCGGAAAGCGCGUCUGAAGAAUCGGAAAGCGAGUCUGAAGAAUCGGAAAGCGAGUCCGAAGAAUCGGAAAGCGAGCUUAAAAAAUCGGUAAACGAGCCCAAGAAAUUAGAAAGCGAGCACAAGAUAUUGGAAAGCAAACCCAAGAAAUCGGAAAAUGAGCCCAAGAAAUUGGAAAGCGAGCCCAAGAUAUCCGAAAGCGAUCCCAAAAAUUCGGAAUGCGAGCCCAUAUCAGAAAGCGUACCCAAGAAAUUGGAAAGUGAGCCCAAGAAAUCGGAAAGUGAGCCCAAGAAAUCGGAAAGCGAGCCCAAGAAAUCGGAAAGCGAGCCCGAAAAAUCUGGAUUCCCAGCUGAAAAUCUGGCUGCUGAAGUUGAUGUUGUUGCAUCGAAAGUUGAGAAAAUGGCUGAGUCAGAGAAUAAGACGGAGAAAGAAAAUGGAACGACACCGGAGCGCAUGCAUGAAGAAGCGG